AUGUCAUCCGUGCUGCGUCUGAAUGAGCCCAUUCUGAGAAGCCACGGCUCACUCCAUCGUUCCAAUCAACACAUAUGUAUUGAUAUAUUGUAUUUGUGUUUGCAGGUAUAUGGACAGUGCAAAGCUGCUAUCUUCAUCAAUAAGGUGCAUAGAGUGGAGCGCCUCUACAAAUACAGCUGUGUUAUCAGACCAGGUAGGGUGCAUGAGGGCUGUGCCGGCUGUCCAUAUUUACCUCGCAAUAAUGAGGAAGCUGAAGUUCAGAAGACUGUGACCCAGUCUCUGGAGAAAUUCCACAACCAGAGCAGGCCGGCCAAUCGGUUCACUCUGCUCAAAAUCUCCCGUGCUACUGCACAGGUUGUCGCAGGUUCAAUUUACCGUGUAGAAUACACCAUCCAGGAGACCACCUGCCCCCACAGCACAGAAGCAGUGACGGCUGAGAACUGCCGCCCUAUGGACUGCGAGUUUGCUCACAAGGGCUUCUGUAAGGCAUCCCUCUUCCAGCCUCUUUUUGAUGAGGAGCAAAUUAAUGUCGACUGUGAGAUCUAUGAGCCUGAGGCUGCUAAGAGACAGAUGAAGCUCCACCUGCUGGGCGGAGAGACUGACCACAGCCACAACGACACACACUCACACAGCCACGACCACACCAAGAGCCACUCUCAUCAUGGCCACAACAGAAACCAAACUGAUGACCACAAUCACCACCACACACAUGACCAUGCCACAGGCAGCGCCCACAGGCACGCUCAUGACCACUCCCACGACCACGGUCUGAACCACGAUCAUGUGCACACUCAUCAUGCCAAGGCACACAACCACAGCGGUGACUCCCCCAACCACCACCAUGACUACAAGCACGCUGUAGGUGUGCACACCCAUGAACAUGACCACGAGCUGGCUCUGGACCACGACCACAAGCACGGUCACCUACAUGAACACGAGCACCACCACCAUCACCACGAGCAAGAACAUGAGAACACACCCCACGAUGAUGCAAAGGGAACAGUGAUAGUCCUGCCUGCCUUGGGCCAGCCUGUGACCUUGCCUUCCUUCCCUGAUGUCCCCGCCGGUGGGCCUGGAGUUGGAGUCACUCUCCCACUUAAGCCUGACCCUCAGAUUCCUGGACAGAGAGAGCCCGCCAUCGAGCCCUUCCCAACCUCAGUCUCUGCCCUGUGCCCCACCAAAAAGGGAGGGGAUCAAGGUGUGGGGAUUCUCUUUGCUAAUGACCCCAUGUUCAAGCCGGCUGCAUAAUGUGGUGUAUGAAACUGUAUUAAACACAGUGUGCAAAACUCAUUUAAUUACUGAACUAUAUAAAUAAAUAAAUAAAUAAAUAAAUAAAUAAAUAAAUAAAUAAA